AUGGAAAGGAACCCGGGAACCAGGAGCGCUGCCCCGGGGCACCAGACUAAGGAGACGGUGCCAGCCCAGUAUGUGGUUUCGCUGCGGUCCCACGGGAGACUGUCUGGCCGGCAGAGAUUGGGAGAAACUGUUAGGGAAACUCUCCGCCAGGAUCCACCCAAACCAGAGGACAGCAUCCGAGACCCGCUGCGUGGGCUAGGGACCAGAUGGUGGUGUGAGCAGACAGAGACCAUCCACAUGGAAGAGGAAGUAACUCCUCGUCAGGAGGACCUGGUACCCUGCACCAGUUUGUACCAUUAUAUCCGUCUAGGCUGGAGGCUGGACUUGCCCUGGAGUGAUCAUGUAGGGCUCACCAGGCCCCCAGCACUUGGGCUCUGUGCCAUCUACAAACCCCCAGAAACUCGGCCUGCUACUUGGAACCGGACGGUGAGGGCUUGCUGUCCAGGAUGGGGGGGUCCUCACUGUACUGAUGCCCUUGCUGAAGCCAGCCCUAAAGGCCACUGUUUUGUCACAUGGCAGUGCCAACCUGUAGCAAGCUCAGCUAAUUCUUCGGCAGGAAGCCUGGAAGAAUGCUGUGCCCAACCCUCAGGACACAGCUGGUGGGACAGCAGCUCCCAGAUGUGCCUCAGCUGUUCUGAUCAGUACCACCCAGGCAAUGCUUCCUCUGAAGCCCUUCUGCAGCCUCUAGCAGGGGCUGUAGGCCAGCUCUGGAGCCAGCGCCAGCGUCUCUCAGCCACCUGUUCCACCUGGUCCGGCUUCCACUACCAAACCUUCGAUGGCCGUCACUAUCACUUCCUAGGCCAGUGUACCUACUUGCUAGCUGGUGCUGUGGAUUCCACCUGGGCUGUCCACCUCAGACCUAGGGUUCACUGUCCCCAGCCUAGGCUCUGUUGGCUGGUUCAAGUGAUGAUGGGCCCUGAGGAAGUGUUGAUCCAAGAUGGAGAGGUCUCUGUGGAGGGCCAGCCAGUGCCUGUUGGAGAGCCUCGGCUGCUCCAUGGGAUGAGCCUACAGUGGCAGGGGGACUGGCUGGUGCUCUCUGGGGGCCUAGGGGUUGUUGUGAGACUGGACAGGUCCAGUUCCAUCUCCAUUUCCGUGGACCAUGAGUUCUGGGGACGGACACAGGGCCUCUGUGGGCUUUACAAUGGCCAGCCAGAGGAUGACUUUGUGGAGCCAGAAGGGGGACUGGCUAUGCUAGCUGCUACCUUUGGGAAUUCAUGGAGGCUCCCUGGCUAUGAGCCUGGGUGUCUGGAUGCAGUGGAGGUGGCCCAGGGCUGUGAGGGUAUCCUGCAAGGUACACAGACAGGCUCGGAAGCUGGCAAACUUCAAGCUCAAGCCCAGGAUAUAUGCCACCAAUUGCUGGAGGAUCCUUUCUGGCAAUGUCAUGCCCAGGUCCCCCUGGAUGAGUACCAUGAGACCUGCCUCUUGGCCUACUGUAUUGGAGCCAGAGAAGGCAAUGGCUCAGAGGGACAGCAGGAAGCUGUGUGUGCCACCUUUGCCAACUAUGCCCAGGCCUGUGCCAGACAUCAUAUCUAUGUGCACUGGAGGAAGCCUGGCUUCUGUGAACGCCUGUGCCCAGGGGGGCAGCUCUACUCUGAUUGUGUCUCAUCCUGCCCACCCAGCUGCUCAGCAGUAGCCCAGGGAGAGGAGGGGUCUUGUGGGAAAGAGUGUGUGAGUGGCUGUGAGUGCCCCGACAGCCUCUUUUGGGAUGGUGCCCGCUGUGUACCUGCUGCCCAUUGCCCCUGCUACCACCGACGCCAGCGCUAUGCCCCUGGUGACAUUGUGAACCAGCUGUGCAACCCUUGUGUAUGCCAGGAUGGCCGCUGGCACUGUGCCCAGGCCCUGUGCCCUGCUGAGUGUGCAGUGGGUGGUGACGGGCAUUACUUCACUUUUGAUGGGCGGAGCUUCUCCUUCAGAGGCAAUCCAGGAUGCCACUACAGCUUGGUGCAGGACUCUCUGAAAGGCCAGCUGCUGGUUGCACUGGAGCAUGGGGCCUGUGACACUGGGAGCUGCCUCCAUGCCCUCUCUGUGUUCCUGGGGAAUACCCACAUUCAGCUCAGAUACUCAGGAGCUGUGCUGGUGGAUGGGCAGGAUGUAGAUUUGCCCUGGAUUGCUGCUGAGGGCUUCAAUGUUUCCCGUGCCUCCUCCACUUUCUUGCUAUUGCGCUGGCCUGGGGCCUGGAUUCUUUGGGGAGUGGCUGACCCUGCAGCCUACAUCACCCUGGACCCCCAUCAUGCCUACCAGGUGCAGGGUCUAUGUGGAACCUUUACCUGGAAACAGCAGGAUGACUUCCUGACACCAGCUGGGGACAUAGAAACCAGUGUGGCUGCCUUUGCUAGCAAGUUUCAAGUGUCAGGUGCUGGAAGGUGCCCCUUGAUGGAUAACAUCCAACUGUCCUCCUGCAGCACUUACUCCCAGCACCUCACUUUCGCAGAGGCAGCCUGUGCCAUCCUGUAUGGCCACGCCUUUCAGGAGUGUCAUGGGCUAGUAGACAGAGAGUCAUUCUACUUGCGGUGCUUGGAGGCUGUGUGUGGCUGUGGCCCUGGCAGGAACUGUCUGUGCUCUGUGCUCUCUGCCUAUGCACAUCGCUGUGCCCAGGAGGGUGUCCUGCUGCAAUGGAGGAACGAGACACUGUGCCCUAUCCUGUGUCCUGGUGGCCAGACAUACCAGGAGUGUGCCCCAGUGUGUGGUCAUCAUUGUGGGGAGCCAGAAGAGUGUAAAGAGCUUGGCAGCUGUGUGGCUGGUUGUAAUUGUCCCCCGGGACUGCUGUGGGACCCUGAGGGCCAAUGUGUGCCUCCUAGCAUGUGCCCCUGUCAGCUUGGAGGCCGUCGCUACACGUUUGGCACCACCACCACCAAGAAAGACUGCAGCCACUGUGUCUGCCAGGAGAGAGGCCUUUGGAACUGCACAGCCCCCCACUGCCCCCCACAGCGGGCACUCUGUCCCCAGGAGCUCAUCUAUGCCCCUGGUGCCUGCCUUCUCACCUGUGACAGCCUCAGUGCCAACCAUUCCUGUCCAGCUGGAAGCACUGACGGCUGUGUCUGUCCCCCUGGUACAGUGCUGCUGGACAAGCGCUGUGUGCCUCCUGAUCUUUGUCCCUGUCGUCACAAUGGGCAAUGGUACACACCCAAUGCCACCAUCCAGGAAGAUUGCAACAUUUGUGUGUGCCAGGGCCAACGGUGGCACUGCACAGGUCAGCAGUGCAGUGGAUGGUGCCAGGCAUCGGGUGCCCCCCACUAUGUGACAUUUGAUGGACUGGUCCUUACCUUUCCUGGGGCCUGCGAGUACCUGCUUGUGAGAGAGGCUAGUGGCCGCUUCAGUGUCUCCAUCCAGAACCUGCCUUGUGGGGCCAGUGGCCUCACUUGCACCAAAGCACUGACUGUGCGUCUGGACAGCACUGUUGUGCACAUGCUUAGAGGCCAGGCAAUAACAGUGAAUGGAGUGAGCAUAAAGCUCCCCAAAGUUUAUACAGGCCCCGGGCUGAGCCUGCACCGUGCUGGCACCUUCCUUCUGUUGACAACACGCCUAGGUCUCACUCUGCUCUGGGAUGGAGGAACCCGGGUGCUGGUACAGCUGUCCCCCCACUUCCAUGGUCGUGUGGCUGGGCUGUGUGGAGACUUUGAUGGUGACGCCAGUAAUGACCUGCGGAGCCGCCAAGGAGUCCUGGAACCCACAGCAGAGCUCACUGCCCAUUCCUGGCGCCUCAAUCCCCUGUGCCCUGAGCCAGGAGACCUGCCACACCCCUGUACAGUGAACACCCAUCGGAUGAACUGGGCCCAGGCCCGCUGUGGGGUGAUAUUGCAGCCAGUCUUUGCCCCAUGCCACACAGAGGUGCCCCCACAGCAGCACUAUGAGUGGUGUGUGUACGAUGCCUGCGGCUGUGACACGGGAGGCGACUGCGAGUGCCUCUGCUCGGCCAUUGCAGCAUAUGCCGAUGAGUGUGCACGGCACAGACACCAUGUGCGCUGGCGCAGUCAGGAACUCUGCCCCCUACAAUGUGAAGGAGGUCAGGUAUAUGACGCCUGUGGCUCUCCCUGUCCCCCCACCUGCCAUGACCAUCAUCCUGAGACCAGAUGGCACUGCCAGGCCAUCAAUUGUGUGGAAGGCUGCUUCUGCCCUGAGGGGACACUGCUGCAUGGAGGAGUCUGUGUGGAGCUGACUGCCUGUCCCUGUGAGUGGGGUGGCAGUUUCUUCCCACCAGGGACUGUUUUGCAAAAGGGCUGUAGAAACUGUACCUGUCAGGAAAGUCAGUGGCAUUGUGGAGGUGAUGGUGUCCCCUGUGAGGAGUUGGAACCUGGCUGUGCAGAAGGAGAGGCUCCGUGCAGAGAGAGUGGGCACUGUGUGCCGCUUGGGUGGCUUUGUGACAACCAGGAUGACUGUGGUGACGGCUCAGAUGAGGAGGGCUGUGCCACCUCAGGCUGUGGGAAGGGACAGAUGUCUUGCCAAUCUGGCCACUGCCUGCCCCUGGCCCUGCUCUGUGAUGGGCAGGAUGACUGUGGAGACGGCACAGAUGAGAAGGGGUGUCCAUGUCCCCAUGGCUCUCUGGCCUGUGCUGAUGGUCGCUGCCUGUCACCAGCCCUGCUGUGUAAUGGUCUUCCUGACUGUCUGGAUGCUGCAGAUGAAGAAUCCUGUCUGGGGCAAGUGAGCUGUACAUCUGGAGACGUAUCUUGUGAUGAUGGUACUUGCAUUAGGACCAUGCAGCUGUGUGAUGGAGUUUGGGACUGCCCAGAGGGAGCUGAUGAGGGGCUUAGGCACUGCCCUCUGCCUUCUCUACCUACACCCCCUGCUGGCACUUGGCAAAGCCUUUCCACCAGCUCUCUGAAUACAGCAUCAAGUCCUGUGGGCAGUGCCAGGCCUGUGUCCCUCUGCGGCCUCUUUGAGUUCCAGUGCAGCAGUGGGGAGUGCACUCCUCAGGGCUGGCGCUGUGACCGGGAGGAAGACUGCCCAGAUGGAAGUGAUGAACUUGGCUGUGGCGGGCCCUGUUUGCCGCACCAGGUGCCCUGUGCCCACAGCCUGCACUGCGUGUCCCCAGGACAGCUAUGUGAUGCUGUGCCACAGUGCCCCGAUGGUUCAGAUGAGGACCCCGAAGCCUGUGAGGAACUAUCAAUCCUAGGAGGCCCCAAUAGGACAGGGGUCCCAUGCCCAGAAUUCUCCUGCCCAAAUGGCACCUGCAUUGAUUUCCUGCUGGUUUGUAAUGGGAACCCAGACUGUGAGCUGGACAAUGAAGCAGAGACCUCCGUGGAAGAGCAGGGUUGUGGGGCCUGGAGCUCCUGGGGCCCAUGGGAGCAGUGCAGUCAGACCUGUGGGCCUGGCAUACAGGGCCGGAGUCGACACUGCUCCCCAUCCGAUCUCCCCGUGCUGCAGAACUGCCCAGGCCCGCAGCACCAGUCACAGGCCUGCUUCAUGGAGGCCUGCCCUGUGGACGGUGAAUGGAGUUCUUGGUCUCCCUGGUCUCUGUGUUCUGAACCUUGUGGGGGCACCAUGACACGCCAUCGGCAGUGUAAUCCACCCCAAAACGGGGGCCAGGACUGUGUCCUGCUGCCUGGGAGCCCUCGUGGUACUCACCAGGCAAAUCCCUGCCCUCAGGAGGGCUGCCCCAAUGCCACUUGCUUUGGGGAGUUGGUAUUCCGGCCCUGUGCCCCCUGCCCUCUGACUUGUGAUGAUAUUUCUGGUCAGACCAUGUGCUCCCCAGACAGGCCCUGCAGCAGCCCAGGUUGCUGGUGCCCAGAAGGGCAGGUGCUGGGCACUGAGGGGCAGUGUCUGAGACCCAGGCAGUGCCCCUGCCUGGUGAAUGGUACCCGUUACUGGCCUGGGCAACGCAUCAAGUUGAACUGCCAGCUCUGCCUCUGCCAAGAUGGGCGACCACAUCAUUGUCGGCCCAAUCCAGAAUGUUCUGUGGAUUGCGGCUGGUCCUCCUGGUCCCCCUGGGCUGAAUGCCUGGGUGCCUGCAGCAGCCAGAGCCUCCAGUGGUCCUUCCGGAGCCCCAACAACCCACGCCUGUCUGGUCAGGGUCGCCAGUGCCAUGGCAUCCACCGCAAGGCCCGCAGGUGCCAGACAGAGCCUUGUGAGGGCUGUGAGCAGUGGGGCCUCGUGCACCAUGUUGGGGAACGCUGGCGUGGGGGCCCCUGCAUGGUGUGUGAGUGUCUGCACAGGGGUAUCACACGUUGCUCCCCCUAUUGCCCACUGGGCCACUGUCCUCAGGGCUGGGUCCUGGUGGAGGGGAUGGGAGAGUCGUGUUGCCACUGUACACUGCCUGGGAAGAACCAAACAGCGGUCCCCAAGAGCACUCCUGCCCCCAGCCCUCAGAUCGGAGCCCCCCUCAUCACCUAUGUCCUGCCUCCCCUGGGGGAUGCCUGCUAUUCUCCCCUGGGCCUGGCCCAACUGCCCAUGUGGGCAUCAUCUCAGCACCUGGAACCGCCCACCUGGGCUGCCAUGGGGGCUCCCACCACAGGGCCUGGCCCUAGAGAGGAUGCUUAUGCCAAGUGGCACACCCAGCCACUCUACCUGCAGCUGGACCUGCUGCAGCCUUGGAACCUAACUGGCAUCAUGGUGCAGGGAGUUGGCUCUUCUGCUGCUUAUGUCACAAGCUUGUCACUCCAGUUCAGCAGUGAUGGUCUACAGUGGCAUGACUAUCUCAACUCCCUGCCGAAUACCCUGCCCCCACCCACGCUUUCUCCCCGGGGCCCUAACUAUAUGGCCCCUGAGGUAUGGACAUUCGACCAGAUGGUGCAGGCGAGGUAUGUCAGAGUGUGGCCACAUGGCGGCAGCCACAACGACAACAUCCAGCACAAUACCUUCCUAUGGGUGGAGCUACUGGGCUGUAAGCCAGUAUCCCCACUGGUACCCCCAUGUCCAGAGAACAGACACCGCUGCGCCAGUGGUGAAUGUGUCCCAAAGGGAGGGUCAUGUGAUGGUGCUGAGGACUGCAAGGAUGGCUCUGAUGAGGAGGACUGUAGGCCCCUUCGUGCAGAUACCACCAGCAGGUAUGGCCUGGCCUUGGGUGGAACCUGCAUGGGGAAGGAGUAUGGAGGAGGCCUGGGUCUGGCAGACGUGGAACACCAGCAGCCCAAGCAGGAACCAUCUGUGCCUACUGCAGCAAGUCCUGGUCCUUUCACCAUACCUACCACUGCCCUCCCUGGGUUGCCAGCCUCAACGAUCCUCUGCUCCCCAAGUCAGCUGAGCUGUGGCAGUGGGGAGUGUCUACCUCGUGAGCAGCGCUGUGACCUUCAGCUGAACUGCCAGGAUGGCUCUGAUGAAGACAACUGUGUGGACUGUGUGUUGGCACCAUGGUCUGUGUGGAGUGACUGCAGCCACAGCUGUGGCUUGGGCCUUAUCUUCCAACGCCGGGAACUGCUGAGACCUCCCUUGCCUGGAGGCGGCUGUCCGUUGGACCGGCUCCGUAGCCAGCCUUGCUUCGUGCAAGCCUGCCCAGUGGCUGGGGCAUGGGCAGAGUGGGGGCCAUGGGAACCCUGCAGUGUCUCCUGUGGAGGUGGCCACCAGAGUCGCCAGAGGAGCUGUGUGGACCCCCCACCCAAGAAUGGUGGUGCUCCUUGCCCUGGGCCUUCUCAUGAGAUGGCACCCUGCAGCUUGCAGCUUUGCCCGGGUGACACAGACUGUGAGCCAGGUCGUGUACACGUGAAUGCUGAGCUGUGCCAGAAGGGGCUCGUUCCCCCAUGUCCACCCUCCUGCCUGGACCCUGAGGCCAACAGAAGCUGCAAUGGUUACUGUAUGGAAGGAUGCCGCUGCCCUCCUGGGCUUUUCCUCCAGGACUCUCGCUGCAUGCCCCUCUCUGAAUGUCCCUGCCUGGUGGGCCAAGACCUGAGAGAGCCUGGAUUGGCCUUCCUGCUGGACAACUGCAGUCAAUGCAUAUGCGAGAAAGGGGUACUGCUAUGUGAGCCAGGAGGCUGCUCCCAGCCCUGUGGCUGGUCUUCCUGGUCCCCCUGGACACCUUGUGAUCACUCCUGUGGCUCUGGAGUGAGGGCCAGGUUCAGGUCCCCCUCCAACCCUCCUGCGGCCUUUGGAGGUGCCCCAUGUGAAGGUGACGGGCAGGAACUGCAGGCCUGCUACACAGGAUGUGGAACAGAGAUACCAGGUUGGACACCAUGGACUCCCUGGUCCUCCUGCUCCCAGAGCUGCCUUGUUCCUGGGGGGGACCCUGGGUGGCGGCAGCGUACUCGGCUGUGCCACAGCUCCAGGGACAUGUUCUGCCCUGGAGAGGCCACUCAGGAGGAGCCCUGCAGCCCCUCUGUGUGCUCAGUGCCAAGUGCCUGGGGUCCAUGGGCCUCCUGGUCCACCUGCUCAGCCUCCUGUAAUGGUGGCAUCCAGAGUCGUGGGCGCAGCUGCUCUAACUUGGCUCCUGGGAACCUUGUGUGCCCAGGACCCCACACUCAGACCAGAGACUGCAACAUGCAUCCCUGCACAGCCCAGUGCCCAGAGAACAUGGUGUUCCGCUCAACAGACCAGUGUCACAAGGAGGGGGGUUCCUGUCCUCGGCUGUGCCUGGCACAGGACCCUGGAGUGGAGUGCAUUGGCUCCUGUGCCCCUAGCUGCAACUGCCCCCCUGGCCUCUUCCUGCACAAUGCUAGCUGCCUGCCCCGCAGUCAGUGCCCCUGCCAGCUGCACGGGCAGCUCUAUGAACCAGGAGCAGUAGCUCGUCUGGACUGCAACAACUGUACCUGUAUCUCUGGAGAAAUGGUGUGCACCACAGAGCUCUGUCCAGUUGCCUGUGGCUGGAGCUCCUGGACCCCAUGGAGUCUUUGCAGCCAAAGCUGUAAUGUGGGCAUUCGACGGCGCUUGAGAGCAGGCACUGCACCACCAGCUGCCUUUGGGGGUGCCGAGUGCCAAGGUCCCAACAUAGAUGCUGAAUUCUGUAGUUUGAGGCCAUGCCAAGGCCCUGGUGCAGAGUGGAGUUCUUGGAGUUCGUGCUCAGUGCCCUGUGGUGGUGGCUACAGAAACCGCACUCAAGGCAGUGGUCCCUAUAGCCCCAUUGAGUUCUCUACCUGCAGCCUGCAGCCCUGUGCAGGACCAGUGCCAGGUGUGUGUCCUAAGGGCCAACAAUGGCUCGACUGUGAUCAGGGCCCAGCCUCCUGUGCCCAUCUCAGCACCCACAGAAAGACCAAUCAGACUUGCCAACCUGGCUGCUACUGCCUUUCUGGAAUGUUCCUGCUAAACAAUGUGUGUGUGCCUGCUCAGGACUGCCCCUGCAUCCACAGGGGGCGCCUUCAUCCCCCAGGUAGUGCAGUGGUUCAUCCAUGUGAGAAUUGCUCCUGUAUCUCUGGGCUCAUUACCAACUGCAGCUCCUGGCCUUGUGAGGAAGGCCAACCUGCAUGGUCACCCUGGACCCCGUGGAGUAUGUGUUCAGCCUCCUGCGGCCCUGCCCGACGCCACCGGCACCGCUUCUGUGCCAGGCCCCCCAGUAUGGUACCCUUCAACCUGGCUCUCCUGCCCACAUUGGCCCCCACACACUUCUGCCCAGGCUCUGAGGCUGAGGAAGAGCCUUGCCUCCUGCCAGGAUGUGACCAAGCAGGGAGCUGGAGUCCUUGGGGACCCUGGUCUGGUUGUAGUCGGAGCUGUGGAGGAGGCCUGCGGAGCCGGACCCGAGCCUGUGACCAGCCACCACCCCAGGGCCUAGGGGAUUUCUGUGAAGGACCUCAGGCCCAGGGGGAGGCCUGCCAGGGUCAACCAUGCCCAGUGACCAACUGCAGCAUGAUUGAAGGGGCAGAGUACAGCCCCUGUGGCCCUCCCUGUCCCCGCUCCUGUGAUGACCUUGUGCACUGUGUGUGGCACUGCCAGCCGGGCUGCUACUGUCCUCUGGGCAAGGUACUGAGUGCUGAUGGAACCAUCUGCGUGCCACCCAGUCAGUGCAGCUGCUUGGACCUGCUGACGGGGAAGCACCACCAUCCAGGCGCUCAGCUGACAAGGCCUGAUGGCUGUAACCACUGCACCUGCAUAGAGGGAAGGCUUAACUGCACACACCUGCCCUGCCAAGUGCCUGGAGGCUGGUGCCUAUGGUCAGAGUGGACAGCGUGCUCCCAGCCCUGCAGGGGCCAAACAAGGAGCCGCUCCAGGGCCUGUGUCUGCCCAGCUCCCCAGCAUGGGGGAGCUCCAUGCCCUGAGGAGGCAGGGGAGACAGGGACGCAACAGCAAAGAGAAGCCUGCCCUAACUCCACUGCAUGCCCAGGGGAUGGAGCCUGGGGUCUUUGGGGGCCAUGGUCUCCCUGUGAUGCAUGCCUGGGACAGUCCCUUCGGAGCCGGAGGUGCAGUCAUCCUCCUGCCUCUGACGGAGGCAGGCCUUGCCCUGGGGGCCACCAGCAGAGUCGCCCAUGUCGAGACAGUUCCACGCUGUGCACAGACUGUGGAGGGGGGCAGCACCUCUUACCCUGUGGGCAGUCCUGUCCUCGCUCUUGCCAGGACCUGUCCCUUGGCAGUGUAUGCCUACCAGGCUCAGCGGGCUGUCAGUCUGGCUGCGGGUGUCCUCCAGGCCAGCUCUCCCAAGAUGGACUUUGUGUGCUCCCAGCUGACUGUCACUGCCACUUCCAGCCUAGAGCCAUGGGGAUCCCUGAGAACCAGAGCCGGUCAGUAGGGUUCACACUCAGCUCCUGGGAGAGCCUGGAACCUGGAGAGGUGGUAACUGGACCCUGUGACAGCUGCACCUGUAAGGCAGGCAUCCUGCAGUGCCAUGAGGUGCCCAGCUGCCCUGGUCCUGGGAUGUGGAGCUCCUGGGGGCCCUGGGAGAAAUGCAGUGUCUCCUGUGGGGGAGGGGAGCAGCUACGCUCUAGGCACUGUGCCCGACCCCCCUGCCCUGGACUAGGUCGACAGAGCCGAAUUUGUCAUACCCAGGUCUGCAGAGAGACAGGCUGCCCAGUGGGCCGACUAUACCGUGCAUGCCAGCCCAGUGAGGGGUGCCCCUUCUCUUGCGCUCACAUCACGGAACAGGUGGCUUGCUUCUCUGAGAGCUGUGAGGAGGGUUGCCACUGUCCUGAGGGCACCUUCCAGCAUCAGUUGGCCUGUGUGCAGGAAUGCCCCUGUGUGCUGACAGCCUUGCUGCUGCAGGAGCUUGGGGUAGUCAGCACUGCCCCCAGGACCUACCAAGCCCUUCUGGGAGAUGAGGGCCAGCUCCUUGGACCUGGAAAUGAGCUCCACCCAGGCCAGAUGCUUCAAACAGUCUGCGGAAAUUGCUCCUGUGUUCAUGGGAAGCUGUCUUGUUCUGUGGAGGAAUGCUUCAGGGCCCAUGGCAGCUUUAGUUCAUGGAGCAUAUGGAGCCCGUGUUCCCACUCCUGUGGUGGGUUGGGUACCCGCACCCGAACUCGCCAGUGUGUGCAUCCCACACUUGUCUCUGGUGGACUAAGUUGCCAUGGGCCCCUUCAGGACCUAGAGUACUGUUUCAGCCCAGAAUGUCCUGGGAUUGCAAGGUCCACGGUGGAGCCAGUGAUAAGCCUUGCAGGAGGCUGGGGUCCAUGGUCGCCGUGGUCUCCCUGUUCCCACAGCUGCACAGACCCUGUUCAUCCAACAUGGCGCAGGCGCACACGCCUCUGCUUGGGCAACUGUACAGGGGGGGACUACUUACAGGAGCGUCCUUGCAACCUACCCUCAUGUACAGCUCUGGCCCUGUGUCCUGGCCCUGGGUGUGGGUCAGGGAACUGUUCCUGGACGUCUUGGGCCCCAUGGGAGCCUUGCUCCCGCAGCUGUGGGGUAGGCCAGCAGCGUCGCCUACGAGCGUAUAAUCCCCCUGGGCCUGGUGGACACUGGUGCUCUGAUAUCCUGACUGCACACCAGGAGCGCCGCUUCUGCAACCUGCGUGCCUGUCCAGUGUCUGGGGGCUGGUCCCGUUGGAGUCCCUGGUCCUGGUGUGAUCGCAGCUGUGGAGGGGGCCGAUCCCUGAGAAGCAGAAGCUGCUCAAGCCCACCACCCAAGAAUGGGGGAGCAUCCUGUGUUGGGGAGAAGCACCAUGUCCGGUCCUGCAACCCCAUGCCAUGUGAGGAAGGCUGCCCAGCAGGCAUGGAGAUAGUGAGCUGUGCCAACCGCUGCCCCCACAGCUGCUCAGACCUGCGGGAGGGAUUCCUGUGUCAGGAGGACCAGGCCUGCCAGCUGGGCUGUCGCUGCUCUCAAGGGUUUCUGGAGCAGGAUGGUGGCUGUGUGCCAGUUGAGCACUGUGAAUGCAUGGAUGCCCAGGGCCGCAGCUGGGCCCCAGGGAGCCAGCACCAAGAUUCCUGCAACAACUGCUCCUGUCAGGCUGGGCAACUCUUAUGCACUGCUCAGGUCUGCCCACCUCCUGCCCACUGUGCCUGGAGCCACUGGUCUGCCUGGAGUCCCUGCAGCCACUCAUGUGGACCUCGAGGGCAGCAGAGUCGCUUUAGGUCCUCCACAUCAGGCUCAUGGGCCCUGGACUGUCAGAAGGAGCAGUCACAGAGCCAGUCUUGCCCUGAGGCCCCCUGCCCACCCCUCUGCCUACAUGAAGCCCACCCUCGUGCCCUGGGGGACAGCUGGCUACAGGGAGAGUGCCAGCAGUGUUCCUGCACCCCAGAGGGAGUGACCUGCAGAGACACUGAGUGUUCAGUGCCCGGGGGCUGGACGCUGUGGACCUCCUGGACCCACUGUUCUGUCUCCUGUGGAGGUGGAAGCCAGGUUCGCACUCGAUCCUGCAUGGUGUCAGCUCCUCAGCAGGGGAGCCUACCUUGCCAGGGAUCUGAUACUCAGACUCAGCACUGUGAGCAGCAGCGGUGCCCACAGCUGCUAGAGACCUGCUCCUGGGGGCCGUGGGGACCCUGUUCCCACAGCUGUGGCACAGGCCUGGCCUCACGCUCUGGAUCCUGCCCCUGCUCACUGACCAAAGAGAACUCCAUGUGUAAUGACACAUUCUCACACCUGGACACUAGGGCCUGCUACCCAGGGCCCUGCCAGGAGGACUGCAUAUGGGGUGGCUGGAGCAGCUGGACACACUGCUCCUGUAAGGUCCUGGUGCAACAGCGUUACCGACACCAGGAGCCAGCACCUGGCCGGGCUGUGGGGGGCGCCCCUUGCACAGGUCUGGAUGGCCACUUCCGGCCAUGCACCAUUGGCAACUGCUCAGAGGACAGCUGCCCACCUCCCUUUGAGUUCCAGUCUUGUGGCUUCCCCUGUGCCGGGCUCUGUGCCACACAUCUGAGCCAUCAGCUCUGCCAGGACUUGCCACCUUGCCAGCCUGGCUGCUACUGUCCCAAGGGCCUGCUGGAGCAGGCUGGGGACUGCAUUCUCCCAGAGCAGUGUAACUGCUGGCAUACCACAGGAGAGGGAACUGGGGUGACCCUGGCCCCUGGGGACCACCUGCAGUUAGGCUGUAAGGAAUGUGAAUGCCAGAAUGGAGAGCUACAGUGUUCCAGCCAAGGGUGUGAAGGUCUUCUGCCUCUGACUGGAUGGUCGGAGUGGUCACCUUGUGGGCCCUGCCUGCCCCUAAGUGCCCUGGCCCCUGCCUCCAAGUCUGCCCUGGAGGGGCACUGGCCUCUGAACACAUCAGGCCUAUCGCAUACCUUCAUCACUUUACUGGCUUCAGAGCAAUACCGGCACCGCCUCUGCUUGGACCCUGAGACAGGGAGGCCCUGGGCAGGAGACCCUGCACUUUGCACUGUGCCCCUCAGCCAGCAACGCCUCUGCCCUGACCCUGGGGCCUGCAAUGACACAUGCCAAUGGGGUCCUUGGGGGCCUUGGAGCCCCUGCCAAGUGCCCUGCAAUGGCGGAUUCAAGCUGCGCUGGAGAGAGGCAAGAGAUAACCCUGGUGGAGAAUGCCGUGGACCAUGGGCUCAAACAGAAAGCUGCAACGUGGGACCUUGCCUAGGGGAGAGCUGUGAAAUCCUGGGUACCGUGUUUACCCCUGACUGUGCCAACCAGUGCCCUCGCAGUUGUACUGACCUCUGGGAUGGUGUUCAGUGUCUUCAGGGAGCCUGCAGCCCAGGCUGCCGAUGUCCCCCUGGUCAGCUGAUGCAGAAUGGACAUUGUGUGCCCAUCUCUUCUUGCCGCUGUGGCCUUCCCAGUGACAAUGGCUCAUGGGAGCUGGCCCCCACACAGGUGGUUCAGCUGGAUUGCCAUAACUGCACAUGCAUCAAUGGGUCCCUGGUGUGUCCAUCGCUCGAGUGUCCAGUCAUAGGACCUUGGUCAGCCUGGAGCCAGUGCUCAGCUGCCUGUGGUGGGGGCACCAUGGUACGCCACAGGAGCUGUGAGGAGCUUCCCGAGGGUGCACCAUGCCAGGCCCUGAGCAUGCAACAAUGGCAAGAGUGUAAUCUGCAGGCCUGCCCUGAGUGUCCACCCGGGCAAGUGCUUAGUACCUGCGCCACUUUGUGCCCGAGCCUCUGCUCCCACUUGCAGCCUGGUAGCAUCUGUGUGGGAGAACCAUGCCAGCUUGGCUGUAGCUGCCCUGGGGGACAGCUGCUACACAAUGGCACAUGCGUCCCCCCUGCUGCCUGUCCGUGCUCCCAGCAUUCCCUGCCCUGGGGCCUCGCCCUACCCUUGGAAGAACAGGCCCAGGAGCUGCCCACAGGGACUGUGCUUACCUGGAACUGCACAAACUGCACCUGUCAAGGUGGCGCCUUCAUCUGCUCCCACAUCAACUGUCAGGGGUGCCCUCCUGGGGAAAUCUGGCAGCACAUGGCCCCAGGGGAGCUGGGACCUUGCGAAAAGACAUGCCCAGAAAUGAACGUGACACUGAUUUGGAACAACUGCACUGAGGCACAGGCUCCAGGUUGUGUGUGUCAGCCUGGGCACUUCCGCAGCCAGACAGGUGUCUGUAUUCCCAAAGACCACUGUGAAUGUUGGCACCGAGGGAGUCCCCACUUGCCUGGAUCUAAGUGGCAGGAAGCUUGUGAGAGCUGUCACUGCCUCCAUGGGAAGAGCAUCUGCACUCGACACUGCCCAAGCCUCACCUGUGCUCAGGGUGAAGUAAUGGUGCAGGAACCAGGCAGCUGUUGUCCUGUUUGUCAACGGGACACUCAGGAGGAGGAGCCAGCCUCCUGCCAGUACCUCACAGAACACAGGAACCUCACCAAGGGUCCCUGCCACCUGGAUCAGGUAGAAGUGAGCUACUGCAGUGGACACUGCAGGUCCAGCACCCAUGUCAUGACUGAGGAACCCUAUUUGCAGAGCCAGUGCGAUUGCUGUAGCUACAGGCUGGAUCCAGACAGCCCCGUGCGGAUCCUGAACCUUCAUUGCCCUGAUGGCCACACAGAGCCAGUGGUGUUGCCAGUGAUUCACAGCUGCCAGUGCAGUGCCUGCCAGGGUGGUGGGUCUGGCUGGGGAGGGAGAGCAGCUCCACAGGACCAUCCCUCCCCUUAAGGAGGCCUUAGGAACAUGCACAGCACAUGGCCCCGUUCUUCCUUGGUUUUAUCAGUCUACUCAGCUUUUCCCCUCAUCUGCAUGCUUAAAUUGUACCUGGUUCAAGUCUUCUGUUGAGGUCUGUACUCAGCCCCAUCCCUUAAACAGGCCUGACAUCUCCACAGACUUGCUGUGAGGACUCUGGAAGGGUAUGCAUGUGAAGUACCUGGUUAAGUUGCAUACCUGAUGUGCACUAACUGAGGUCAUUCCAUAUGCCAAGGGUGGGGGAGACAUAGAGGAGGGAGGGCAUGGAAGAGCUGGCUCCACCCUGCACCUCCUUCAGCUCUAGCCCAUGUCCUCUGCCCUACCCCAUCUUUGUCCCACCUGACCAUGCUGUCUCUCACUAGCCCAUCUCAAAAUUCUGUCUGCAGGUGGUGAUUUCUCCAAACACUGACAGGCUCUGCUGGAUGCAUCUACUGCUAUCUCUCUUGCAGCCAUGGGAUUCUGUGGCCCCUCCCGACUUCCUUCAGUGCCCAUUUAGCUGCCUCUGACCUGUGGCAUUAGCAUAUUCCAAAUAAAGUGAUUCAGGCAACUGAUGCUGACAAA